GGUGAUAUGACGACACUUCCGGCAUGUGAAACCGCCCUAUCUACUGCACUAUGAACUAAGGGUUGAUGAUGAAUACAAAGAUGGCAGCACCUCCUGACUAUCCACCUGGUUCGUUUGACUUCUUGCGCCCUUAUUGUGUGCAGCUCACCCUGGAGCAAACGGUGUCUAAUGUAAAGAAGUUGCGUGCUCAAAUUGCUAUGACGGAGGUCUGUGUUCUUGAGAGCCUAAUGGAGUAUGUCUUGUUCCCUAUGCGCUUUUCCUUGAGGUCAAAGCCACACAAAGAGGCAAGUUUUAUGCAGGCUUUGCUGGAAUGCAUCUCCUAUUUCUUCUCCCUAGUAUCUCUAAAGAGGAGAGAUAUCUUUCUCGACCUGUAUUCCGAGAUGUCCACCGGCCUUGGGUCGGAUUCAUUUCAAAAGUUUCCUGAAGAGCUAAAGCUUGCGCUGACCUCUGCCAUGCACUCGUUAAUCUGCUCCGCAACCUCAGAUGUCAUCCCUCUCCUGUACGACCCAUGUAUGAUUGCAGAACUUGGAUUUUCCAUUAAUAUGUUGCUGAAUGUUGCUGAAAAUGAGAGGUCAAGAGAGUUACGCUUGGAGGCUUUAAAUUGUUUGGGAGUUAUUUUGCUGCAGGAUGUAGAGGUUACAUUUUCAAAGGGAGAUAUCUUUGCUACCUACUUUCCCGGAGUGUCUACUACCCUUACUAAGAUAAUCUGUGGGGACCCGAAUCAAGGGUACAGAUUGACUAGCACUGCAGUGCAUGUGUGGGCUGGCACAGUCUGCAUGAUGUUAUCUGAUGAGAGCUUAAUGGAGAAGUCAAGUGAGAAGCCUGAGUUUUCUACAUUGCAUAAAAGCAUACAAAAGGUCUUGAUUCAGAGGGACAAAGAGUGGGUGCUAACUACCGCCCUUCACCUGGUUAAUCAUGUGGAGAAGAUAACCGAGCGCUGCACAGCUGACCCUCACUGGAAAGUAAGGUUGGAACUUGUCAAUAUGGGGCACCUCUUGCUUACCCGGUGCUGGAAGGCACUGGUGGAGUCAUCUGGGAUUUUCCUUCAGAUCUUGGUAGGGCAUAUGAGUGAUGAGAAACCUGAGGUGAAGGAAAAAGCACUGGAGGCUUUGCAAGAUGUGACAAUAGAAGGACCAGCCUCACGGUCACUUGGGGAAGUGCUCUCAGAAAACCUCCACGCACAUGCUGUAACUCUACCCAGACUGCUGAGUUCUCAGGAUGACAAUGGAAAGCUUCACACUUUGGCUCUGCUACAGGGAUAUCUUCGGUUGCUUGGCUCUCGACUUGCAUUUACUCUGCGCUCCUCGACUCACCUCCAGCGACUCUCGUCUGCACUUCUGCAGACACUUGAGCUGGACAUUAGUGCAAUGAAAGUGGUGGAGGAGCGGGCUCCUGCGUAUGAAUCCCCUUUUAAACAUGGUAUAACAACCGCUGGAGCUUCGCAGAAGAGUUUCCGAUUCUUCAGAGAUUUACGUGUGCUGUGCUUUAUUCAAAGUGUGUGUCGUCUCCUGGGGUAUUAUGGAGACUUCCGUUUGCUUACUGACCAUUUUUUGGGGAUGUAUCGAGCAAAGAGGCUACCUGCAAUCCUGGUUUUGAAUCAGUUGGUUCUUGGUGCAGCUGGUAUAGCAGUUGAAACAAUGGAUGACGGUAGCAAAGCCAUGACUUCAGAAGAGCUGCUGGAAGCUGUGCGACCUCUUCUGGAUGAGUACAUUGACCCUUCCAACUGGUGUCUGCAGACAAACAAUGACACUGGAGAACUCGAAGAUCAGUUGUCAUUGCUGAACAUUGGAACUACUGCAAAACCUUCUGUCCAAGAUAUGAGUUUCAAUGCUUGGAAGAUCUGCCUUCAGCUGGAAGGAAUUGCGUGUUUUGCCCAAGCUGUUGGCUUCUCCUUCCGUUCACUCCUCAUCACUUCUUUGUACCCACUGCUGGAGAAAGCUGGUGACACCUCUCUGUUAGUCAGUGGAGCAGCUAAGUCGACGCUGCAUGCUGUUAGCGUCUUCUCUGGAUACAAGGACAUAAGCCAACUUGUAGAGCUUAAUGCAGACUAUCUGGCGAGCGAGAUCUCAGUUGGUCUACGGCGCCUUCGAAGGUGCCACGGCGGCGCUGCAUGCGUAUUACGUGCUGUACUCGAAUGCUGUGGGCCUAAUAUUUUGCCUUUACUGGAGGAUCUUGUCCAGGAUGUUUUGCCCGCAUUGGACCAGUCACCAGAAGAAGUUGCCAAAAUACUCCUUCCUGUGUUGAGUUCGCUUAUCAUAUACAUAGGAAAAUGGCUAGGACCACAAGACGAGACAGAGACAGAAAAGUUAGCUGAAGUAAAACCUAAAACGCGUGGGCAUCCUGGGAACCUAGCAAAGGAAAUACAGGAAUUCUUUAAAGGUCACAUGGAGCAAAAGCGGCUGGCACGAGGAGAGGUCUGUGAAGAGGAGUGUGCAGAUGUGGUGCCUCCAGGGCUGUCCAAUAACGAUGAGGAGGAUACAGGGAUAAUGUUCACUAACAUCAAGAUCUCCAAAGAGGUGGCAGAGAGAUGUACACACUUCCUAUCACACAGUGACCCACAUAUCCGAAUUAAGGCCAUGGACACUUUGCGCCUCGCUAUAAUUCAACUGGACUCUCAGGAAAACGUGCUUCUUCCUCUUGCUCACAAAGUCUGGCCUUGUCUGGUGAAGAGAUUGAUACAUGAAGAGCCACUUAUAUUGCAGCGAGCCUUCGAGGUGUUGGUUUGUCUUGCCACUUCAUGCAGAGAUUUCCUCAGGCAGCGAGUAUGUAAAGAAGCUUUUCCCGCCUUUCUGAGCUUCCUGCGUUCUCAAGCUCCGAUUAGUGGUCGCAUCUCGACUGUCUACAGUCACUCGCAGGCUUUUAAGUUGCAGCUAACAAUGCUGGAGGGCCUCGGGAAACUUUGCGCGUCUUUGGGACUAUGUGACGGUGACAUUUUGGAUGUAGCAGAUGCCUGUAUGCUGUAUCUGAGCACCCGCCAGCCAAAGAAACUCCAGAUAGCUGCUACAAGCACUUUCUUCACUUUGGCAGAGAUUGACCCUGACAUAAUUUGGCUGUACCUGUGUAAGUGGCAGAGCCCUCCUCCACUACCCCACUCUUCCCUCAAGCUGCUGCAGUGGACUGCCAGGCCCCACGAUGAAUAUACACAAAAUGCUAGCAAAAUCCUGCAGAAGCUGCAUUGACCCGAGGCUGAAGCCUACUGAUCGCCGUUAAUUAAGAACACAUUUUCCUAAUUCAUGCAGUAGUUCGGACCAGAGCCCUUCACCAGCCCAGGUCUUCCCACCUGCAGGCAGGUGAUGUGAAUUCUGCAAGCUUAAAUUUUUGUACUGUGCAACUGGAUGUUUAAAAAUGAGCGUUUGUACCCAUUUACCUCCCUGUGGGAGAGGAUGAAGCACAGGGGAUACCUGGAACCUCAGAACUGGGACCCGAAGCAUGUAGUGUUGAGGAUCUAUGUAUAUAUUUUGAAGUAUUUAAGUGCACUUUUCAGGUGAAAUAAAAAUGCUGUAGAUGUGA